AUGGCCGCUGACACGGGGAUGGAUACUUGUCCAAGUCCGGAGAUUUCGGACUCCAGAAAACGACCACUGGACGGCGACUCAGAAAAUGGUGACAUCAAAAGGUCUCACUUCAGUUCGGUUCAAGACUUGGUGACGGCAUUGCCCCUGGCUAAUGGCCACGGCAAUAUUACGUCUCAUUUUGGUGAGUCGUCUGAGUAUUUUGUUGUCAUUGGCUUUUUGGUUGUUGGUGGCGUGCAUGCCACGCUCAUGUUCAUCUGCAGCUCACCAGUCACGCACAGCCCUCUGGCCAUCAGCUGA